AGCCCCGCCCUCGGUCUCGCGAGAAGCGGGAGGGGAAAAAUGGCGCCGACGUGAACGCUAGGCGCUGACCGCCUUGGGAACCGCUGCUGCCGCCGCCGGAGCCGCCGGAGCCGCGGGAAACGACAGGUCGAUCCGGCCCGAGGAUGGAGGAGGAGCCCUCGGGGCCCAGCGCCGACCCACUGGCCCCCGUGGAGCCCAGUUCCAGCGAGAAAGACCAGGAAGUCUCCCAAGCUUUGAAGGAAGCAGUUCCCUCCACCGUGGGGGAGGAGGAGCCAGGCCUGGACUGGGGGACCACAACUCCAGCAGCAUGGGACCACGGAGGCCCCGGAGGGGGGACACAGCAGGGCGCGUCACCCAGCCCGGACAGCGGCCAGCCUGGCCAGAGAGCCAGCAAAGACCUGAGGGCUCCCCGGAGGCGCCCGUCCUCAGCGAAGCAGAUCCCCUGCUCCAGCCCCGCCUGCUGCCUCAGUUUCCCCAGCGUCCGCGAGCUGGCUCAGCACCUGCGCACCCACUGCCCGCCCACACAGUCCCUGGAAGGCAAGCUCUUCCGCUGCUCGGCCCUGAGCUGCGCAGAGACCUUCCCCACCAUGCAGGAGCUGGUGGCCCACGGCCGGCUGCACUACAAACCCAACCGCUACUUCAAGUGUGAGAACUGCCUCUUGCGCUUCCGCACGCACCGCUCGCUCUUCAAGCACCUGCACGUGUGCGCCGAGCACGCGCACAGCCCCGCGCCGCCGCCGCCCGCCCUGGACCGAGAACCGCCGCCCCCCGAGCGCCCCCCGGAGGCCGAGCCCCCCGCCCCCGGCCCGCCCUUCCCGCUGCUCGAGCCCCUGGGCGCCCCGGCCCCCGCCCCCGGCCCCGCCCCCGCCGGGCCCUUCCAGCCCUACCUGAACCCCGCGCCCUUUGGCCCCAGCCCCCCGCGCCUGCGCCCCUUCCUGGCGGCCGCGCCCGGGCCGCCCGCGUCCAGCGCCGCCGUCUGGAAGAAGAGCCAAGGUGCCAGCGGCAGCCCGCGGAGGCCCCAGGGCGGCUCGGAUGCGCCGGCAGGGCACGCGGCCCCGAGCCGCAUCGUGUGGGAACACACGCGGGGCCGCUAUUCGUGCAUGCAGUGCGCCUUCGCCACGGCCUCGCGGGCCGCCAUGACCCAGCACCUGGAGGAGCACCGCCCCGGGGCCUCAACCGCUGACCAGCAGCGCCCAGAGCGCCCAGACCCGCCCGCACCGGGGCCCCCCUGCCCUGCGCCCCUGGAUCCUGCAGCACCUGUGCCGGCCGCCGAGGGGGACUGCCCUGUCUACUCGCCGCUCUGAAUGUCCCAGGACGGAUGGGAGGACUCGGGGGCGGGGGCGGGGGCGGGGAAUUGGGGGGAAGACCACCCCUGAGCGCCCACCUUCCAUCACCCCCACUUGGAGGGGCUGUGCCCAGGCUGGUGCCCCCCCUCCCCCAGGGCCGCUGCCAGCUGCACCUGUUUUAGUGGUCAGGACGGGGACUUGAACUUGAGUCCUGAAUGUCAGACUUGGGACUCUCGGCCUGUCACACGAGUGCCACCGCGGGGAAAGGAAGAGGGCACAGUGGACUUCGAAAGCAGAGACUCUCCAGCACAAGGUCCAGAGUUCCAUCCCUGGCAUUGCAUGUGCCAGAGGGAAGCUCUGGUUCUCGCUCCCUAGCAAGUCUUUUUAAUAAAAAGAAACGUGUAUAUAUAUAUAUAUAUAUAUAUAUAUAUA